GGGCGGCCGUCUCCCGGCGGGAAGCCCUCCGCGGCGCGGGCCGCCAAGCGGCAGCGCUCGGCCUCGCCGGAGCUGAUGCGCUGCAAGAGGCGGCUCAACUUCAGCGGCUUCGGCUACAGCCUCCCGCAGCAGCAGCCCGCCGCCGUGGCGCGGCGCAACGAGCGGGAACGCAACCGCGUCAAGCUGGUGAACUUGGGCUUCGCCACGCUCCGCGAGCACGUCCCCAACGGCGCGGCCAACAAGAAGAUGAGCAAAGUGGAGACGCUGCGCUCCGCCGUCGAGUACAUCCGCGCCCUGCAGCAGCUGCUCGACGAGCACGACGCCGUCAGCGCCGCCUUCCAGGCCGGCGUGCUGUCGCCCACCAUCUCGCCCGGUUACUCCCACGACAUGAACUCCAUGGCGGGCUCCCCCGUCUCCUCCUACUCUUCCGACGAGGGCUCCUACGACCCGCUCAGCCCCGAGGAGCAGGAGCUGCUCGACUUCACCAGCUGGUUCUGAGCCCG